AUGCCGAAACGAAAGCGCACCUUUGAGGAGCUCCUCAAUGACACCUGCGGCGCUUGUCAUCAGCCUUUCAAGACGACGCAGGGCCUCUGCGCCCACCAGAGCAUGAGCAAAAAAUGCUCCUGGUACAAGAAAGGAAAAUUGAAAGCGUUGACAGUCGGAACGUCAAGUCCACGGGACAACGAUGGCCAUCCUCGGCACCCCCCAGACUAUUCACAUGAAGAGGAUGAAGAGGAUGAUGGCAAUGGCGAAGGAGAGGACGAUGAACUGGACUCACUGUUCGAUUUUAUUGAGGUCUGGCCUUCGACCGCAUCGACUCCGAAUGCAAGACGUACGGCGCUCUCUCUGGACGACGAUGACGAUGAGCGAGUAGUGGAUGAAGAUGAAGAGGCAGGCGUGGUAACUCAAGUCGAUUCACAAGUACGUAGGAAAUGGCUAGAGGGCAGGGAGGAUGGACGAUCAGACGGAAGUGCGGACGCCGACGCAGAAGAAGAGGGCGCGGAUGACGCAGAGGAACAGACGAAGAAUCCAUGGGCGCCAUUCGAGUCUGAGAUGGACUGGCGAUUCGCCUCAUGGGCUAUCCAGGAAGGACUUACCUUGGGAUCUAUUGACAGGGCGUUAGAGAUUCCUGGGUUCCAGGAGAGACUCGGCCUCUCGUAUCACAACAGUCGCUCUCUCCUGCAACGCGUGGACUCUCUUCCUGACAGGGCUGAGUGGAUGGAACGAUGCCUCUCGUUCAAGGACCGUCCGAACGAGAAGCAUCUUCUCCAGUUCCGCGAUAUUAUUCAAGCAAUCAGGACUUUGCUAGGAAACCCGGAGCAUGCCGAUCACAUCGUCUAUCGACCUAGGCGGAUUUUCUCUGAUGCGUCGAGGACACAUCGCCUGUACAACGAAAUGUGGACGGGGCGUUGGUGGCACGCUGUCCAGGUGAGCGGUCAGCAUCAGUUUGCAUAUACCGAUUGCUGA